AUGGCAGAGUUGAUCCCGAUGCAAAUCAACUGGCAUGUCCAAACCAAUUCCCAGGCACAUCGCACCAACUACUUUUCCUCAAGAAAGAUGGCUAUCCGCCGUGGGCAAAGCUUCCAAGUCACGCUGUACCUAAACAGGGCGCCACAGUCAGGGGAAAGCCUGGCGUUCAUAGCAGAGACAGGUCCAGCCCCUUCAGAGUCCCACCACACCAGGAACGUGUUUGCCUUGUCCAAUGCGCUGGCUGGAGGGACUUGGUGUGCCGUGCAAACAUCAAGUGAUGCCAACUGCAUCAACUUCUCCAUGUCCAGCCCCAGCAGUGCUGCUAUUGGCCACUAUCAGCUGAGCCUGCAGGUGACCUGUGGCAACCACGUGGCAAACAGGCCCCUGGGAAACUUUGUUCUGCUCUUUAACCCUUGGUGCUCAGGGGAUCUGGUUCAUAUAGCCAACGAGCCGGAAAGGCAAGAAUAUGUCUUGAACGAAAAUGGCAUUAUCUUUGUGGGCAACGCCAAUUACAUUGAAGCUCGCGGAUGGUACUUUGGCCAGUUUCAAGAGAACAUCCUCAAACUCUGCCUUCGCCUCCUGGACAUGAGCCUCUACCACCGCCAGGACCCGGCAGGUGAUGCCUCGCGUCGGAGUGACCCUCGGUACGUGGGACGCGUCGUCAGCUCCAUGGUCAACGGCAAUGACAACGACAACGGGGUGCUGGAGGGCAAGUGGAGCGAGGAGUUUGCCCACCACGAGAACCCCUCCCAGUGGAACGGAAGCGUGGCCAUCCUGAGGAAGUGGGCUCAGGGCAAUUGCAAGCCUGUCCAGUACGGGCAGUGCUGGGUCUUUGCUGGCGUGGCAGGCACAGUCUUGCGAUGCCUGGGGAUCCCAACUCGCCUGGUCACAAACUUCAAUUCCGCCCACGAUUCGGACUCAAACAUGAGUAUUGACAAAUACUACGACCCCUCCGGAAAGAGCCUCAAGAUGGGACAAGACUCUGUCUGGGAUUACCACGUCUGGAAUGAAAGCUGGUUUGUCCGGAGGGACCUGGGUGGGGCUUAUAAUGGCUGGCAAGUGAUUGACGCCACCCCCCAAGAGAGGAGCCAAGGCAUCUACCAGUGCGGGCCGGCCUCCGUUUUGGCAGUCAAGCAAGGGGACGUGAGGCUGAACCACGACACGGGCUUCGUGUGCACCGAGGUGAAUGCCGACAUCAACCGCUGGGUUGUGCAAAGCAAUGGGAAGCGUGUGCGAGCCUACUGCGACACCUCGUCCAUCGGCAGGUCCCUGAGCACAAAAGCUGUGGGCAGCAACCACCGCGUGGAUGUGACCAAUAACUACAAGUUUCCUGAAGGCUCCGCGGAGGAAAGAAGCGUGUAUCGGAAGGCCUGUGCUGAGCUCUCGGGCUCCAGCACCGCUGCGAGGGACCUUGGCACCGCUGAAGAUGUGGCUUCUGAGUUGAUCUCCCACCCGGAGCUCUUUGGAAAAUUCAGGCUGACCCAGUCACCGGUGCUGGGCAAGGACGUCGACCUGGUCCUCACGCUCUCCAACCUGUCUGCCUCCCCCAAAAGGGUCACGGUCAACCUGAGUGUCUCGAGCAUCCUCUACACCCGCAGGGCUGUCAGAGAGAUCCUGAAGGAGGCCACCACGGUGAGCCUGGGCUCCAAAGAAGAAAAGCACCUUCCCCUGCGGAUUACCUACGCCCACUAUGGCAAUGCCCUGACUGAUGACAAGAAGCUCCUGGUGACAGCUUUGUGUGAUGUGUUUGGGGGAGUGAAGCUGCUGGUGGAAAAGGCCAUCACUUUUGAGAGUCCCAACCUCUCCAUCAUGGUUCCUCCAAAGGUGUUUGCCAAUGCGCCAGCCACAGUGGAGAUCUCCUACGCCAACCCCCUUCCUGAGCCUGUGAAGGACUGUGUGCUGCUGGUGACCCUGAUGGGCCAGGCCGUCAAGAUCAGCGUGGCAGAUCUUGCACCUGGGGAGCAGUCGAAAAUCUACUUUGAGUUCACUCCACGCUGCACAGGAGCCAUGCAGCUGCACGUUGACUUCUCCUGCAGCAAGUUCCACCACGUCAAAAGCUUUGUGCUCAUGGAUGUGGCUGCAGCCGGCCCCCUUUAACUGGGGGAGGGCCCCUGGGGGAGGACAGCGUCUCUCC